AUGUGUACUCUCUGCACAGAUGCCGAUGCUGAUGCUGGUCGUCGAAGCUACAUCCUGGGCGCCACGCUCGCCCGGCCCGCAAUCUACCCCGUCCCCGGUCGUGGCCAUACUGGGCAAUUCUUGCUUUGCAUUCUGCCUCUGGUGAACCUUGUGAUUCAGCCAUGCUUUGCGACUGUAGCCGACAUACCAGGAGCCUUUGGCCCAAUUUAUCCGCUCACGCCAUCGCCAGCGGGUGACAUAAACAAAUUUCUCAAGAGCCGGCCUAGCGAAUUCGUGCAUCCUGGUAUCUGGCACACCCAUGAGGAUCUCGAGCGCAUCCGCAAUGGCGUUUUGGAGGGCAAAGACCCUUGGAAAUCCGCCUACGACGCCUUCAGUAAAGAUAGCUAUAGCCAGUCCACCUAUGAAAUGAAAGGACCGAAAACGGUCCUUUCUCGCGGAAGCAUCAGCAACUACACCACCUUUACUUCUGACUCCCGUGCGGCGUGGCAGAACGCCCUGAUGUGGUACAUUACAAAGGACGAUGCGCACUGGAACCGCAGCACCACGAUCCUUGACAGUUGGGGCACUACCCUUGUCGACAUCAUUGGCACAGAUCGCUCACUCCUUGUGGGACUCGAAGGCGACCUCUUUGUUAAUGCGGCAGAAAUCAUGCGUUGGGAGGGGAACUGGACCGAGUCCGGUGCUCGAUGGCAAGGUGGCUCGGGUUUCAGCAUCCAACUCUACUGGCUCUUUUCGCGUCAGUCCGUCGCCAUUGGCCAGGCUAACUACGGCAUGGCUAGUAUUAAGGCACUCCUGAGCUUUGCGGUCUACUUGGACGAUGUGACACUGUACAACUAUGCCAUCAAUGAGUAUCUGAACAACCCCUGCGCCGGGCUUUAUUCCAUGUUUGAGCCAAAGACCGGCCAAUCUUCCGAGUCCGGCCGCGAUCAGAGCCACACCAUGACGGGUAUCGGCUGGGCUGCUCUUGCUGCUCGAGUUGCCCAAAGCCAAGGAUCUGACUUGUACAGCCAGGGCAAUGAUUUGCUCCUCAAAGGAGCCGAGUAUACGGCGAAAUACAACCUGAAUGAGACGGUUGAGUAUGAUCCCAAGUGGUUCCGGUGUGAGGCGAUCCUUGUCAACGGUCCCUGGGCUACUAUUUCGCAGAACAAACGAGGCGUCACUGCGUCUAAUCCAAUGUGGGACAUUGUUUACUACCAGUACGUUGUCAACCGAGGACUAGAGGCACCAUGGACAACAAAGGCAAAGAAGACGGUUGGGAAGGAGGGUCGGCUAACGGGGGCUGAUCAUCCUAGUUGGGGUGGUUUAAUCUGGGCUUAUUGA